AUGCGUCCAGCUUUCCUACUCUCAACUCUCGGCUACGCUCUCUCUAUUCACGCCUUUGAGUUCACUGGUCCCGACUCAUCUGAGAAGCUCAACCUGACUCAACCCAUCACCAUCGCAUGGAACGCCACAACUGGAUCCGUGAGCGAACCCAAAGCCCGCACUCUUGAUCUCUGGUUCUUCGCGAUUGUCAAGGAUGGCUGGCAAGGUCAAGAGAUUGCCUCCGACUUGAGUCUCUCAUCGGGCUCGUACAAAUGGGACCCCAAAGACAUCGUCAAAGGUUUCGAGGACGAUGACGUCUCGGUCUCGCCAGACGCAGAGCAUUACUUCGAGGCUAGGCUGAUUGACAAUGAUGGGAAUAAGUUGGCAACGGUCAAGACCGAAAAGUAUGCGUUGGAGGGUUAUGAUUUUAUCAGAAAUGGUGGUGGGAAGGGAGUUCAAUCUGGGUUUUACACAGCUGUUGCUGCGACAUUAAUGGCCGGAGUAAUGGCUAGUGGUAUGAUAUAA